AUGGCCGUACAUCUGAGAGUAACGCAAGAGAAUAUAGAAAGCAGCCUCAAAAAUCCGAUGAAGCUUCAUUAUAUUCCCGCUACAAUAAAGGGUGACGGACCCGCCAACCUAGAACAGUGUUUCACGCCGUACACCGAAACCCAGCCUGACGGAACCCUGCGAAAUGCUCUUCGAGGAUACCCGCUUCAUGGGAAGCCCACAAAGGUUCCGGAAGGUUUCACGGGAGUGAUCAUGCAAGAGACCAAACAACCACUCUCCGCCGAGGACGAUCGGACGUUUACAUUUGCUGGCGCAUUCCGUGACUUCACGUACUGGAACUACGAUCGCGUUCCUUCUGCCAGCGACCCGAUGGCUAAGGCACUGAAAUGGAUGGAACUAGCGGAUGUUUUACAUUGCGAGGACGAAUCUGCACAGGACGAUCCGCAUGACACGAAGCCCGCGGAGGGUGAAAAACCCAAACGAGAGAAAGAGAACUGAUGAAAUUAGUUUGUAUAAUAUUGUUCUGUGUAUU